GGGAUACCACAUCAGCAGGCACCGGUCUGGUCUAUGCUGUUGCGUUCACAGAUAGCAGUAAUGGACCAGAAGGCCGGGGAAACAGACAAGGCCUGUCAGGCCCGCAUGUUAGCCUGGAGUACCGAGACAAAGAAGCGGGCAGAUGACGCUGCCGCAGCAGCAAAAAAAGUGGCAGAGGAUGCCGAGCAGGCACGUCUGCUGGCGGUUGAACAACAGCGCCAGCAUGACGAGGCAGCAGCAAGGGCUGCCGAUGAAGAGAGAACACAGCGUCGUGAGAAGAUAUUUACCGGAGAGCGGGCAUUACUUACCAUGGCGGCAGAAUGGCGAAUUGAGGCCGAGAAUAACCAAUUGGAGGAUAGCGCAAACAAGAUAGCGCUCCUCCUCUCGCAUCUCACGGAUCUCCUGGCAACCUGCAUUACACAGCAGGCAGAGAUCCUUGGUCUCGACAGAUCGCUAGCUCACCUCCAAGACCGUUUUCAACGGUUGGAGCAGCGACCAGUCGCCGCCGCCGACGCAGGCUCUUCCAAUACUGCCGACCGCCUCAGUGCACUGGAGAUGCACGUCGGCUCACUCCAGGAUGGCGCACAGUUACAGCUCACCGCGACGCAACAGUUGCAGCAGCGGGUCUGUACCACCGCCACUACCUCGAGUACGGAGCCGCACGAGUCAACUCCAAAGUUUGACGGGCAGGAGAUCUUCUGCGACGCCAUGAAGACAGAUCCAAUUCCAUGGUUUCGCAAGUUCGAGCUCACGCUGCAGCUCCACAACGUCAAGGAACACAAGCAUCAUGCCUACUUGUACUCUCGCUCAGGGGGCGCGUGUCAGGCUUGGUUGGACAACCUGUUGUCCAAGUACGGAGUGGUAGCUAAUGACUUGCACACCAAGAUCACCUGGGAUGAUCUGAAGGUGGCGUGGCACAAGCGGUUCCAGGUGGAGCCGCCAGAGAUCAAAGUCAUGGACAAGCUCAUGGUCUUCGAGCAAGGCACGUUGCCGAGUACAGAAUGGAUCGUCGAGUACCACCGCUUGACGUCAGUCCCAGACAUUCAGAUGGGCUUCAAGGCCAUCCGCCACUACUUCAUCUCAAGGUCAUGUCCGGCACUGAGCAAUGCCCUAACGCAUGUCGAGGACACCUUGACGACGACGGCGGAAUUAUUUGACAAGGCUGCGCAGAUCAUCGUCACGAACAAGGAGGCCAAGAACCUUCGUUCAUCUGCGUCAGGCCCGAGCAGGGACCAGCAUCGGCCAAGAGUGGCCGUGGUCGCAGCGGCAGCGCCGCUAGACCAAACCAGCGAGGCUGCGUCUGCCAGUGAAGGAAACAGAUUCGCAGCCGCCCGAGUAGGCUACUCCAAGAUCGCGGCCCACUUAAACAAGCUUCAGUGCGAGGAUCGGUCGUUUGACUUCGGAGAGGAGGCGCGAGGAUCAUUCUUCGCUCUCAAAGCCGCGCUAUUGUCUGCGGAGGUCUUGCGAAUCUACGACCCGAUCGCGCCUACGCGUGUCACUACGGAUGCGUCAGGCUAUGGCAUUGGUGCAGUCCUCGAGCAACAUGAUGGUGUGGACUGGCACCCGGUCGAGUACUUCAGCAAGAAAGUGCCCCUCGUGCAUUCCAUUGACGAUGYAYRCAAGAAGGAGCUCCUCGCCUCCGUCCACGCGCUCAAACGGUGGCGGCACUUCCUCAUUGGUCGAAGCCAAUUUCGCUGGGUAACGGACAACAAUCCGUUGGUCUUCUACAAGACCCAAGACACCGUCAACAGCACCAUCGCUCGAUGGAUGGCUUUCAUCGACCAGUUCGACUUCUUUCCCGAUCACAUUCUCGGGCAGUCAAACCGUUUUGCGGAUGCUCUUUCACGGCGUCUGGAUCACUGUACCGCGGUCUACUCAACAUUCGAGAUCGACGACGACCUGUGAAACAGCUUCAUCCGCGGCUACCAAGCCGACCCCGAUUUUCGCGACAAGUA